AUUCUGUCAUAAAUCGGUGGUAGCUAUUCGCAUAGUGUUAGGGAUACAGUACCAUUGUCACAGUGAAAUGCAGGAAAGUAUUUAUAUAGCGAGAACGAAUUUUGUUUCAAAAGCUGUAGAUUCUGUUGAGAAGAAUGUUUCCACACGUGUUAUACGGAUGGGCACUGUUGUGAAGAUAGUGACUGUUUGCGAAAAGAACGAAAGUGUCAAUUUCGUAGUCAAAGGGAACGAAGAUGAAUCACACGAGUGUGUUGUGUGGAGCAGUGAGAAAAGUAACUUCAUCCCAUUGUUAGAUAUUUUAUGGCAAGCGUUUUGUGGUGUUCCAUCACCCUUGGACCGCGUUCGCAUAGCAGACAAUUCACGACUCUGUCAUGAACUAGCGAGAGUUGAUGUUGGAAUGGUUGUGAAUCUUCUUCCUACCCAUGAAAAUUCAACUGACUUUCCUGUACCGUCUAUCGUAAGAUACAAAGGUCCCGUACCAGAGAUGGGGAGUGGAUAUUAUUUUGGCCUCGAAAUAUUGGGCAAUAACCGAGGAAAUUGCGAUGGUACGCUACGUGGAAAGAAGUACUUCUCCUGCCAGAAGUACAAAGGUGUUUUUGCAACACUGAACAGAAUAUAUCCAGGAAACAUAGAAAAGACUUUAGGUGGAAUGAACACACAUUCGGAUGCAGUGAAACUGAGUGAAAUAUUUACUGAUCGGAAUUACACUUAUGAAUCCUUGUUAUCAAUGCCGUCCAGUGACUAUAAACACUAUAAUGCAAGAAACUCCAACUAUAAAACUACCCUUGUGCUUCAUCUGAGAGAAGAGAGCAGUACAAGUAUGUCCAGAAAUAUACCACCUAAGGUGGAAAACAAAGAAAAGUUGCCAGGUGGUGAUGUGGUUAAAGUGAAACAGAAAGGACUGGAAACGCUAGUACAAUCCAGUAAGGAUAGAAAAUUGCAGCACAUCGUAAAUUAUCAACUGGUCUGGGUGAAGUUGAAGUGCACAGUGCUUGUCAGAAGUAGUGCAGUAACCCAAAGCGUGGAGUCAAGCAGCCACAAUGUUGGUUCAGGUAACCCAUUCUUGAAAGUUGGUGAUAGAGUUGUAUGGGUAACGGAUUCUGGUCCUGAGGUUGGAAUUGUUCGCUGGCUUGGAGAUCAUACAGAAGAUAAUUUGACCAAUGUGAUUGUUGGUGUUGAAUUUGAAAAUCCAGUUGGAAGUGGAACUGGUUGCUACAAUAAUAAGCAACAUUUCCAAACAGAGCCAUCACAUGGUGCAUUUUUGCCUCUUCUGGAGCUUAUGAAAGCAGAUGACUUCUUUUCAAAACCACAAGAACCUUCUAAGGAAAGAGUCUCUGGUUUGACAUCAUGUGGAGAGCAUAGUCACCUGAAGUUGGCUUCUCAUGGGAAUGCAAGAUAUCAGCCAUCAUCUGCGUCCACAGCUGAUGCAGGGUCAAAAGGACAUGUUCCAGGGUCAAAAGGACAUGUUUCGGAAACACACAUGUGGAAUAAUUCUGUUGCUGAGAUAUCAGAGGUGUUUGGAAAUCUGCCCACAGACUCUAUGAGCAAAGAAAAUAAACUAACAAAAUGCAAAAGUGAUAACUUGUGUAAAUCUGAAUAUGUAUUCUCUGAAGGCAAUGGUUAUCAUGUCAAUUCUGUCAAAAUUGAUAAUAGUGAGCAGAACUAUUGCAAAGAUCCAAAGAAUAACAAUGUGAGUAAGAAAACAGUUCUUGUAAAUUACCCGGAGAGUGCCCCAUCGAGAGGUGUUUUAGAUGAAUCGCCACGGAAAGUGAAUGAUUAUUUUACAAAACAUAUUAAACCGAGUGAAUUAAAAAUAAAACAUUCUCAUUCGAGAGACAUCCAACCCAGGAAUAGCAGUGAGCCAUUUGAUGUGGUGGAUGAAUCAUGGAGUGCUGGUGUCGGAAGUCCAUAUUCAACUAAUAAUUUUAAAGAUGACCAAAAAACGAACAGGACAGAGCUUUUAAAAUCGUGUAGGGUUAUUGAUUUCAAGGAAAGUGACUUAGAUAACUUUAGAGAUGGAAAAGCUGCUGUGCAGUUAAAUGAUUUUCCUGACCAUAUCUUGCCAAGAAGAUUUAGUCCUACAAAUGAUGUAACUGCUUUCCUUGAUGACUCUGAGCAGUCUGUAGUACCAACUGAUCUAGAAGUUGGAUCAGUUGUGGAAGUGAGAGUUAAAUUGAAGCCUCAUUAUGGUGUUAUUCGAUGGAUUGGUACUGUAGCUGAGGAUAAGAAAAGAAGAAAAAUUGCUGGCAUUGAAAUGGAAGAAGACCAUGUUGGUUAUUCAGAUGGAAGUUUCAAUGGCCGCAGAUACUUUCAGUGUAGACCAGGAAAGGCUAUGUUUGUGCCACUGAAUAGUUGUCAGAAAGAUGGGAGGUUUCAGGAACCACAUGUGUCAGUUGACUCGAGAAUAAAAAGCUUUGGUCAGAUUGAUUGCCCUGUUAUCCCUGGAGUUGUCCCACCACUAAGGUGGAAGGGCGAUACAGAGUCAUUUUGUGGCAAGUUCAGGGGCAUCCAGGGUCAUCAUAAUUCGUGCUACUUAGAUGCUACUCUUUUCAGUAUGUUUACUUUUACCAGCGCCUUUGACAGUCUGUUGUUCAGACCUCCAACAGAGAAUGAUAUCAAACAGUAUGAUGAAGUGCAGCGAGUUUUGAGGGAAGAAAUCGUUAAUCCCCUGCGGCAGAAUCUCUAUGUAAGAGCCGACAGAGUAAUGAAGUUGCGGACUUUGCUCGAGAAUUUAAGUUCAGUUACAGGGUUAACAAGUGAAGAGAAAGAUCCAGAAGAAUUUUUGACUUCUCUGGUUGCCCAGAUAUUAAAAGCAGAGCCAUUUUUAAAGUUAAGUUCUGGUCAGGAAGCAUACCACUACCAACUGUUUGUUGAGAAGGAUGAGCAACUUGUUCUGCCCUCCGUUCAGCAGCUUUUCGACCAGAGCUUUUUAACCAGUGAUAUAAAACUUAAAGAGGUGCCUUCAUGUUUAAUUAUACAAAUGCCUAGGUUUGGAAAGUCAUUCAAAAUGUACCCUCGUAUAUUACCAUCACAGUUACUGGAUGUCACUGAUAUUAUUGAGGACUCUCCCCGCCAGUGCACAGUCUGUGGUAAACUAGCAGAGUAUGAAUGCAGAGAAUGUUUUGGUCAGUUUGGCACAGGAUUGGAUAGUAUUGCCUUCUGUGAAGAGUGCUUGGGAACUGCUCAUAGCCAUCAACGAAGAAAUAAUCACGCGUGGCGCCGACUGUCAGUGCCUGUGGAGUUUUCCGUUUUGCAAGACCACUGCCAUAUACCCCGACUUUACAUGGAACUAUUUGCAGUUGUUUGCAUUGAAACAUCUCAUUACGUAGCAUUUGUUAAGUGUGGUAGUGGAUCUGAGGCUCCUUGGUGUUUCUUUGACUCAAUGGCUGAUAGAAAAGGUGAACAAAAUGGGUAUAAUAUUCCUGAAAUGGUUCUUUGUCCAAAACUUCCAUACUGGUUGUCGGAUGAAGGGACACGUUCACUUCAAGAAAUAAAAGACGAUCGCCUUCUACCUGAACAUGCAAAACGCUUGUUAUGUGAUGCCUAUAUGUGUAUGUACCAAAGUCCUGAUGUAAUGAUGUACAGAUAAGAAUGGGAUUAAAAAUCACACUCCUGUAUGUAUAUUUAUUCUAAUUGAUAAUUAGAUCAAACUUUUGCCUGUUUUGUAUUUAAAGAGACUAUAACACUGUAAAUAUUUUUCAACAUUCCUCAUUGACUGUACUGCAGUUUAAAAUGUAACUGUUAUCAGUUGUUACAAAGUGCUUGAAAUGUUAAACAGUCUUAAUGAAGCUAUUUUAUGAAUCAUUUAGUUAUCUGUCAGUUUUUUAAAGUAUUAAUGUCACUUACAGUAUUCCAGGAAUAACUCAAUAGGAGACUUAUUUUCUGAGUUGUAAUUUUUUUUACCAUGACUCGAUGAAUAAAUAAGAGUGUGUGUGUGUGUGUGUGUGUGUGUGUGUGUGUGUGUGUGUGUGUGUGUGUGUGUGUGUGUGUGGGCGCGCGAGAGUGAGAGGGAGAGAGAGCGCGAGAGAAUUGCCUCAUAAAAUUUGUAAUUAUUUGUUUGUUAUAUGCAAGUAUUAUGUUACAGAAAAAUUAUGGUAUAUUUAAUUUCAUAACUCAUUUCAUCACAUUAAAUGUGAGAAUUUCAAAUCCUUUGUGUUACUUGUAUCUCUUUUUGUGUACAUGUUGUGAACAACCAGUACCUGAAUUACAUUUGCUAAAAGGCUG